GAAAGUCCCAAUCAACAAGUGUUCAGUUGAGAGGACAGAGACCUACCAAAAUCGAGUCUUUUAUUUGUCUGGGUUCCUAUUGGCUGAUGGAGUGGACAGUAUUACGAUGUCUCACAGACUGACCAAGGAGGAACUUGAUGAACAGUUUGAGCAGUUCAUGAAGGAGUCUGUUUCAGAUGACUCUGACAAGCAUUCCGGUGCUAAAAGCAUUCAGAAAGCAGCACAGAAAGCAGCAGUGCCUUGGUGGCAAGAUGAAGAACCCAGCGGUGGAGGAACAGGGAAAGGACUGCUGGGAUCUGGGAAGACUUUCAGGAAGUCUUUGAGGAAGUCUGUUCAACAGGAGGAAGAGGAUCCAGGAGAUGCUGGUUUGAAGGAAGCUGGGCUGAAAGCAGUUGAUAUCAGCAGAGACGGUAUUGAGCUAGAGGACUCAGUGAUGGUAGCAGCUGCUAACACGACCGCUAUCGGCUUGGACACUAUAGAGGAAGAGGAGGAGAAAGCCAGGUUCUUUGCCCAACUAGAGGCAGGAGCUCCAUCAGCUAUAGAUUACUCCAAGCUGAACCGAGAGCUGGGCUCAACCAGUUCUGCCAUCGCUACUAUCCUCAGGAGAGUUGAGGAAGUGGUGGAGCAGAGUGAUGAUGAUGAUGAUGAAAGGAAGGCCAGAGUCCCAGAGACGGUCAGAGAGUCUCCAGCCUUUACAGGAUCUCCACAUUACAGUGAAGAUUUUGAGGAAGAGGAGAACGGAAAAGAGCAGCUGGAGGAGAAGUCCAAAAUCUCUCUUAUUCUUGCCAAAGUUUCUCUCCAUGAUUCCCUGGAUGACACAGGGGGAGAAGACAGAAAAAAGGACGCAGCAGGGCCACUGGACAGAGGCCAGUCGUAUGUUCAGAGUGGAGCCUCAGACAUGGAGGCUCUUCAUGAGGCCUACAGACAGAUCCAUGUCGUGGAAGAUUCAGAUGACCAUCGUCACCAUCAUUCAUCUCUGGAAGGGAGGGGGAGGAUCAGCAGACCUGUGUCUCCAUCCUCCCCUCCUCAACAUGCCACACAGACUCUUCAGCCGGCUUCUACCAACGACUCAGAGUUCCCCACUGCAGAAGAGUUGAUGAGACCCAUCCGACCAGAGGAGGACCACAUCAGAGGCUUCACCCUCCAGCCUGCCAGUGCUAUAGGACUUGAGGACCAAGAAAAUACAUCCCGCUUCUUGGAAAGGACUUUCCCAGAUGUGACUUCUCCAGACUCACAACUGAAGCGAGCAGAAAAGCCUGACCCUGUAGCGGGGACACAGGCAGCCAGGGGGUUGACCAGCCCCCCCUCCAGCUCCCCAGACCCUCCCAAUCUGACGUGGAGCAUCAGACAGGAAGUAGAGAAGCUGAUGCAGGAUCAGAACAAAUACUCUUCUUCCACGUUUUCUCAGGCUGGCAAAGCUAAGAAACAACAGGCCUCCCACGGAUCCACUGUUUCUCAUUCCUCUACAUCUUCAGUGAGGAAACCCACCGUGGCUCCUGUGAGAGGCAGGAGAGUGGAGGGGAGGACAGCAGUGACUUCUAGAUCCUCAGGGCUGAGCAGAGCUGCUGCCUCAGCCAAAACCCAGCCUUCUGUUUCCCAUCCUCUGCAGCAUUCACCAGAGAAAGCCAAAGUCACAAAGCGCCAAGAAAAAGAGGACCACACAGCAGAGCCUGGUCUGAAGGUGAGCGGUGAACUGGUGGCAUCUGUUCAGUCCUUGGUGGCUGUCCUCCAACAGCAGAUAAACACCAGCAGUCACCAAGGCGCCACAGACACACAGGAAGUCACCAGACCGACACAUCAUCUUCCAAAUAACAGAGAGGAGGACGGCUCUCUGGUGGAGGAGCUGAGAGUCCAGCUGGCUCACAAAGAGAGGGAGCUGCAGAUGAUGAAGGAAGGCGCAGAGGAGCUCAACUCACUCAGACAGCAGAACUACCUUCUGCAAAGCAAGCUGCGAAGUGCAGAAGAAGCCAGUCAGAAGAAGAGAUGGGCCGAGGCCACUGACUCUGCUUCAGAGGAAAAGCUCCAGCAGAUUGAUAAAGAAAUAAAAGAACAGGAGACGCUCAUUAAAGGUUACCAGCAGGAGAAUGAGAAGCUGUAUUUGCAGAUGAAGGCUCAGCAGGCUAAGAGUAAAGCCAACGAAGAGGCCAUGUUUAAUGAAAACCAGAGGCUGCUGAAUGAGCUGGCUUUCACCAGGGAGCAGCUGAGUAAAACCUCAAGGACUGUGGGAAAUGUGUGCUUAAUGGAUCACACACAACGCAUUACAGACUUGUUAGCUCAACUUAAUACAUUUCAGAGGAAUGAGGCCAAGCUGUCUGAGGACUUCCACAGACUGAAGCAAGAAAAGCAGGCUCUGGAGGUCGACCUGGAGCUGAUGAAGAAAGAGAGGGACCUAGCUAAAGCUCAGGCUGUGUCUGCCUCAGGUGACAAAACUUUUGAGAUGCGGGUAUUGGAGGACAAGCACAGAGAAGAAGUGGCAGCCCUGAAGAAGAAGCUGCAGUGGUUUGCUGAGAACCAGGAGCUGCUGGACAGAGAUGCUUGCAGACUGAAGGCUGCUACAGCUGAGAUCCACCAACUCAAAGAGCAGGUAGAGAGACUGAAACUGGAUGUGGGCAAAAGAAGCAGUGAGCAGCAGAGGAAGACCAAAGAGAAAACAGUGGACACCAGGAGGAUGCAGGACCUUGAGCGACAGGUGAAGGAGCUGGAGCAGAUUCUAAGACGCAGAAACCCAAACUCCCUUCCUGCUCUGAUCUACGCUGCAGCCGCGGCUGGCUGUCAAGAGGAUUUAGCCGCCAAGCCGUCCCCACCCAGCAGGAUCACCGCUCUGCUGGAGAGCAGGAUCCAGCGUCUGGAGGCUGAGCUGGAGGGUCACGAUGAGGAGGCCAAGCGCGGCCUGCGGGCCAUGGAGCAGCAGUUCCAAAGGAUCAAGCUCCGCUAUGAGCAGCAGAUCUCAGAGCUGGAGCAGCAGCUGGAACAGAAACAGCAGCUGGACGCAGCGGGGCCCGAGCAAAGGAUAUCUCAGCCUGGAACACUGGAGAAGGAGUUGCAGCGUGUGAAGGAAAGCCAUCAGGAGAAAGAAAAAUGUCUCCAGGACCAGAUUGAGUCUCUACAGCAGCAGCUCAAACACACGGAUGGAAUAGGAGCUACCCAGGCCCAACCCAGUCCAGGCCGACACCAGCGCCAAGCAGAGGCAGCAUUUGGCGCCCGGAUAGAGCGGCUGAACAAUGACCUGGCCUCCAAGACGCGGACCGUUCAGGAGCUUUGCCGCACUGUGGAGAGACUGCAGAAGGAGAGGAGGAACCUGCUGUCUGUCCCCAACCCACGACCAGAAACCCGUUCUACAGAGACGAAGAGACAACCAGCCAAAACAAUCUGUUCUGCUUCAGCAGCAGGGGAAGAAACAUUUCCAGCUGCUCAGUACGAGAAGACCUACCAGCCCACCGUCUUCGCAGGCAGUCACAUCUCGGAGGUGGUGCAGGAGAACGAGGUUCUGAAGCAGCGUGUGGAGCUGCUGCAUCUGCAGAGUGAGCAGGAGAGGGAGGAGUUAAGAUCUGAGGCUGAACAAGCCAAGGAGGAGCUGUGCAGGAUAAAGGAGCGCUCUGCAGAGCAGCUGUCUUCCAUGAGAGCGGAGCACCUCAGGGUGCUGGACCAGCUGCGUGCAACCCAUGCCCUGGAACACUCCUCCUCAAAGGUUGCUGAACUGGCCAAUAAGCUCAACACUCAGGAGAUCACAGUGAAACAUUUGCAAGACCAGCUGAAAGAGGUUCAGGGAUCUAAGGAUGCUCUGGCAAUAUCCAGGACCCGAGAGGACGCUCUACAGAAGCAGCUGACCAGACUGCUGAAGGAGCUGAAGGAAGCUAAAGAAGCUCAGAAUCCAGAGGUGAAGCUGCUGUGUGGCCUGGAGAGGAAGAUCGUCAACAUGGAGCUCAGACACCAGCACAGAGAGAAGGAGCUGCAGCAGAUGAUUGGGUGUUCGUGGCAGACGUUAGAGGCCGAUCAGCAGUCAGAGCUGGAGAGCUGGAAGCGUCUGGCUCAGGACAAGAGCAGAGAGCUGGAGGCUUUCCGUCUGGAGCUGGACUCCAUCCUGGACAUCCUGAGACAUCUCCAAAGACAGGGAGUGGUCCUCCCCCACUCCUAACCCCUUCAGAUCAGCAGGACUUAUUAUUUACACAUACAAAUAGAAAUAAGGCUUCAAUAUAUUUUUGUUUAUAUUUUGUAUUUGGUAUCUAUUUUGUAUUUAAAUUAUUGUAACUUAUUUAAGAUUAAGUGAAAUAAAUGUCCAAACUGUGAUAGAACUGACGGUGUCAACUUUUGAAGUAAGCUAAUCUUAAUGCACAGGAUUUAUUAUGUAAGAAGAUUUAGGGGGGUAUUUAUUAAGGAUUUGCAUUCUUCUGGACGCUAAACAGUAGGGAUGGGCCAGUCUUCUUGAACUUACUGUAAAAUAUCACGGUUUUGGUGUUAAAAGUGACAGCGCAGCGUUCAGAGUAAGUUAUUAAUAACUAACAGAAACACUGCAUGCAGUCGUUCACCAUCUCUUUCCCCUUUUGCCACGGUGCUCCAGUCCGCCUGUCACUGCCCUUGAGUCAGUCCUGACAAUAAUGCUACUAUAAUGCAUAAAGUUGCUGGUUUCCAUGUUGGGCCAUGCGGGUUGGCUCCCGUAACAGGUCAUUUGGGUGUGGGCAAUAAAAACCCUGACCCGUGCACCACUCUUAAACAGUCAUAUUGCUUAUUCAGGGUUUGCCCCUGCCUCUGGUUUGGUUUAACGGGUAAGUGUUUUUUCAUCUGGUAAAAUCUGUUGUGAAAUGUGUUUCAUCUUAAAAUUCAUCUUAAGAAUCACCAAAACACUGUGCCGGUUAAUCAAACCUUAGGUGUGAAUGGUUGUCUGUCUUGUGUCAGCCCUAUAAAAAGGGUGAAGUGAGUAGGCUGGAGUUGUUUCCCUCAUGUUUAUGAGCUCAUCUCUGGUGAAAGAGCUCUGUGGAUAAUAGCAGAAAACCAAAUUAUAAAUAAAAAACAACA